UGACGGCAGCACAGCCACUGAACGGCGCACAUCCGUGAGAGCGGCACAAUCACGCACAGCUUUGUGUGUUCAUCGCAGGUCUGUCAGCUCGGUAAACUGCCCGGCAUCGAUUUCACACCGGACAUACUGACCAGAACUCCUCAGAGUGGAUUUCACUGACAGAGAGUGAUUUCUUUUUUGGUGUUUUGCUUUUUUUUGUUUUUUUUUCUCGAGUGUUUAUUUCAUUUUUUUUCGUGAUGCUCCAGAACAGUGAUUAAGUAUAUUGCAGAGAGAAAGCGUAACAGCUCCUGAAAGCUCCCGGUUUGGCUGGAAAUGACAAGUGGUAGACCGGUGACAAUGCCGGGCUCGCUGUCGCUCUCGGACCGACAACCUCCUCCAGGUCACGGGCAACACGCGGCUGCAGUCUCCGCUGCGGCCGGUGAGACAGUGAUGAUGUCCGGAUCAGGUUCAGUGGUCCUCCCGGCUGGGAUUAUGAAUCCAUCGGUUCCUAUCCGGAAUAUCAAGAUGAAAUUUGCCGUUCUUACCGGACUGAUCCAGGCUGGAGAGGUUAGCAACCGGGAUAUUGUUGAAACGGUGCUGAAUCUGCUGGUGGGUGGUGAGUUUGAUCUGGAGACAAACUUCAUUAUCCAAGAUGCGGAAAGCAUCAGCUGCCUGGUGGAGCUGCUGGAGCACUGUGACAUCACCUGCCAGGCUGAAAUCUGGAGCAUGUUUACCGCGGUCCUCCGAAAAAGUGUUCGAAAUCUGCAAACGAGCACUGAAGUGGGCCUUAUCCAGCAGGUGUUGCUGAAAAUGAGCUCAGUGGAUGACAUGAUUGCAGAUUUGUUAGUGGAUAUGUUGGGAGUACUGGCCAGCUACAGCAUCACAGUGAGGGAACUGAAAAUGCUCUUCAGCAUGUUGCAAGGAGGAGGCGGCCUCUGGCCGAAGCAUGCAGUCAAAAUGUUGUCGGUGCUCAAUCAGAUGCCCCAGAGACACGGUCCGGAUGCCUUCUUCAACUUUCCUGGUCGCAGCGCAGCAGCAAUUGCUUUACCUCCUAUUGCUAAGUGGCCUUAUCAAAAUGGGUUUACAUUCAAUACCUGGUUCAGAAUGGAUCCCUUAAAUAACAUCAACGUGGACAAGGACAAACCAUAUCUCUACUGCUUUCGCACCAGCAAGGGCAUCGGCUACUCUGCACAUUUUGUUGGUAACUGCUUGAUCAUCACAUCUCUCAAGUCCAAAGGAAAAGGGUUUCAGCAUUGUGUGAAGUAUGAUUUUCAGCCCAGGAAGUGGUAUAUGAUCAGCAUAGUCCACAUCUACAGCCGCUGGAGGAACAGUGAAAUCAGAUGCUAUGUUAACGGACAGCUCGUUUCUUAUGGAGACAUGGCAUGGCACGUCAACACAAAUGAUAGUUAUGAUAAGUGCUUCCUUGGGUCCUCAGAGACAGCGGAUGCUAACAGAGUGUUCUGCGGGCAGCUAGGAGCUGUCUUCGUGUUCAGCGAAGCUCUCAAUCCCGCUCAGAUAUUUGCAAUUCAUCAGCUAGGACCAGGCUAUAAGAGUACAUUUAAGUUCAAGUCAGAGAGUGAUAUUCACUUAGCAGAGCAUCACAAGCAGGUAUUAUAUGAUGGCAAAUUAGCCAGCUCCAUCGCCUUCACCUAUAACGCGAAGGCCACUGAUGCCCAGCUUUGCCUGGAGUCUUCGCCUAGAGAAAACGCCUCCAUCUUUGUGCACUCACCGCACGCCCUUAUGCUUCAGGAUGUGAAAGCCACAGUGACUCACUCCAUCCAUAGUGCCAUACACUCUAUUGGUGGGAUCCAGGUUCUCUUUCCCCUCUUUGCCCAGCUGGACUUUCAUCAGCUGAAUGACAGCCAGGUGGAAACAACUGUCUGUGCCACUCUCCUGGCUUUUCUGCUUGAGCUGCUCAAGAGCUCCGUGGCCAUGCAGGAACAGAUGCUGGGAGGAAAGGGAUUUUUGGUGAUUGGAUACCUACUAGAGAAGUCAUCACGUGUACACAUCACCAGGUCUGUAUUAGAACAGUUCCUUUCCUUUGCAAAGUAUCUGGAUGGUCUAACACAUGGAGCACCACUCCUGAAGCAGCUGUGUGACCACAUCCUUUUCAAUCCUGCCAUCUGGAUCUACACCCCUGCCAAGGUACAACUCUCUCUGUAUACCUACCUUUCUGCUGAGUUUAUUGGCACAGCGACCAUCUACAACACUAUUCGUCGGGUGGGGACUGUGCUUCAGCUCAUGCAUACGCUGAAGUACUACUACUGGGCUGUCAACCCUUCAGAAAGCAGCGGCAUCACACCAAAGGGUCUUGAUGGUCCAAGGCCAACCCAGAAAGAAAUAAUUUCUCUGCGGGCAUUCAUGCUUCUCUUCCUCAAGCAACUCAUCCUGAAGGAUCGAGGUGUGAAGGAGGAUGAGCUACAGAGCAUCCUCAACUACUUGUUAACAAUGCAUGAGGACGAGAAUCUGCAUGAUGUGCUGCAGCUGGUGGUGGCCCUCAUGUCUGAGCAUCCAGCCUCUAUGAUCCCUGCUUUUGACCAGAGAAAUGGAAUACGGGUAAUCUACAAGCUCAUGGCCUCCAAGAGUGAAAGCAUUCGUGUGCAGUCCCUGAAAGUCCUUGGGUACUUCCUUAAGCAUUUGGGCCAUAAGAGAAAGGUGGAGAUCAUGCACACACACAGCCUGUUUACUCUCCUGGGAGAGAGGCUCAUGCUACACACAAACACUGUGACUGUGACGACCUACAACACUCUUUACGAGAUUCUGACGGAGCAGGUGUGCACGCAGGUAGUUCACAAACCUCAUCCUGAGCCUGACUCUACUGUCAAGAUUCAGAACCCAAUGAUUCUCAAGGUAGUAGCGACUUUAUUGAAGAGCUCUGCCCCCAGCACAGAGCUGAUGGAGGUUCGUCGCCUCUUCCUUUCGGAUAUGAUCAAACUGUUCAGCAACAGCCGAGAGAACAGACGGUGUUUGCUUCAGUGUUCCGUUUGGCAGGACUGGAUGUUUUCUCUCGGCUACAUUAACCCUAAAAGUACUGAAGAGCAGAAAAUCACGGAGAUGGUGUACAACAUCUUUCGCAUUCUGCUCUACCAUGCAAUCAAGUACGAGUGGGGAGGAUGGCGCGUGUGGGUGGACACACUCUCCAUAGCCCACUCAAAGGUGACAUAUGAAGCACAUAAAGAGUACUUGGCUAAGAUGUAUGAAGAGUACCAACGUCAGGAGGAGGAGAAUAUUAAGAAGGGGAAGAAGGGUUUGGUCAGCACCAUCUCUGGUCUGUCUGCUCAAGCCUCUGGCAUCAAGGGUGUGAUCGAGAUCAGAGAAAUAGAUGAUAACUCCCAGACACCUGAGAGUGAGACAGAGUAUGAGAGUUCAGACUCACGCAAUCUGCUGGCUGAAAGUAAAGUGUCUGAAGAGGGUUUCAAAGGAACAGAGGGUUUGGUAGAUGGAGUCCGGGUUGAAGUUCAUGAUCUCCUGGUGGACAUCAAGGCUGAGAAGGUGGAGGCUACGGAGGUUAAGCUGGACGAUCUGGACCUAUCCUCUGAACCUUUGGGAGUAUCUGAAAAUGGAGCAUUGGUGGAGGUGGAUUCCCUGUUGGAUAAUGUUUAUUGUGCUGCUGUGGACAAGCUAAACACUAAUGUUAACAGUGUGCUGUUGGCAAAAGGCAGCAUGGAUGACCAAAAUGUAGCCCCUCUCAUUACCCUAGAUGAGGACAGCAUCCCUCACAGUAACAGCUUCCUGUUUGGAAAGGUGGCAGGCAGCAUGGAGGACAAGCUACUGCAUGAACUCAAUCCAAAUGAACCUUUGGUGCUUCCAAGCCCAGAGCCACCAGUCCACAACAGUGCCAAUACUGAACUGAGCCUUUUAGUCCACAUGACACGCAGCUCUUUACCCAGUAUACUGGAGAAAGAUGAAUUUGAACUACAAACAGCCCUGGAGGGUAUCAGCUCUGUUUCCGGUGCUGAGGCUGACACCUCUUCUAAAAACCCAGAGGUCACUGAGGGGACAGUGGCAGCUGAAUCUGAAGGGGACCUCGUGUCUAAUAAGACCAGCAGCGGUGUAGAUGCGACAACCAACACUUCUGACACAGAAAAAUCAGAUGAUGGCAAAGACAAGGACACGAAGAAGAUUCAGACUACAGCCACCACCCAGAGUCUGCAUGGCCGCCUGAUCACCCAAAUGGAAAGGGACAUACAUGUGGAUCUUGGCUUCAGGGGGACGCCCAUGACCGAGGAACAACGACGUCAGUUCAGCCCUGGCCCACGCACUACAAUGUUCCGCAUCCCAGAGUUCAAAUGGUCAGCCAUGCACCAGAGACUGCUCACUGACCUGCUGUUUGCACUGGAGAGUGACGUCCAUGUCUGGAGGAGUCACUCGACUAAAUCGGUCAUGGACUUUGUUAAUAGCAAUGAGAACAUCAUUUUUGUCCACAACACCAUCCAUCUCAUCUCGCAAAUGGUUGACAACAUCAUUAUCGCCUGUGGAGGGAUUUUGCCCCUUCUCUCAGCAGCUACGUCUCCUUCAAGUACCAAGACUGAUUUAGAGAACAUCGAGGCAACACAGGGCAUGUCCUCAGAGACCGCCAUCUCUUUCCUGUCCCGUCUCAUGGUCAUGGUGGAUGUCUUGGUGUUUUCAAGCUCCCUCAACUUCAGUGAGAUCGAGGCUGAAAAGAACAUGUCCUCAGGCGGCCUGAUGCGUCAGUGCCUCAGACUUGUGUGUUGUGUGGCUGUUAGAAACUGUCUGGAGUGCAGGCAGAGACCCAGGGAAAGGGGAAAUACGUCUUCCAUUCUCAACAACAAGACUCAGGAAAUCCUGCAUAACGCUACCAGCAAGACAGCCAUAGAGACUCUCCCUAGUAACCUGUCUCCCAUCAAGGACCCCGAUCGCCUUCUGCAGGAUGUGGAUAUCAAUCGACUCCGUGCUGUGGUGUUUCGUGAUGUGGAUGACAGUAAGCAAGCCCAGUUCCUGGCUUUAGCUGUGGUAUACUUCAUCUCUGUCCUCAUGGUUUCCAAAUACCGUGACAUCCUGGAGCCCCAACGUGAGACCGUCAGGAUAAGCAGCCAGUCAGGCCGCAGCAUGCGUCAGGAGAUCAACUCACCAACCAGCACAGAAACUGCUCCAACUUUUGAAUGCAGUAAAGACCAUCUUGUGCCAUCAGAAGAUUUCCACACGGAAAGCUUUCUUCCCCACACAGACUCUGGGAUCGGAGAGGAGCAGGUAGCCAGCGUCCUUAAUGGGUCUGACGUGGACCACAGCGUUGGAGGGACAAGUGCCGUGAAUGACCUCAUAUCUACACUCUCCUCAGAGGUGAACAAGUCCCAGGAGAGCUUGUCUGAAUCCUCCAGUGUGGAGGUGCUGAAACUGACCUCCUCUGUCACCAGCAUCAGUCAGCCCAACAAGGGCAUCAAUGUCAAAGAGAUUUUGAAGAGUCUGGUAGCAGCUCCAGUGGAGGGCAUGGAGGCUGGGGUGGAACCUUUAUCUUAUCCAGACCCUGCUGCCAAGGCCCAGGCCAUGCUGCCCAUGCAGUUUCACUCCUUUGACAGGAGUGUGGUGGUGCCUGUGAAGAAAACCUCCCCUGGCAGCCUAGCAGUUAACACCCUGGGAAGCAGCAGCAGCACCUCUCCAGGCUUGACAACUGGCAGCACCCCCAACAUCUUUGCUGCUACCUCUGCGACCCCCAAAAGCAUGAUAAACACUACGGGAGCCACUGACGCAGCUGCUUCUACCUCCUCUUCCUCCAGUUUUGUCAAUGGAGCCACGAGUAAGAAUCUGCCGGCCGUGCAGACGGUGGCCCCCAUGCCUGAGGACACAGUAGAAAACAUGAGUGCCUUUUGUGAAGUAGACCAGAAUCCACUACGUCAGAAGCUGACACCUCCUGAGCUCAAACCCUUUAGCUCCCUGACAGGAUUAAAGACAGCCUCCAGAGGUGCAGGACAGUGUCUUAGCAUUACUACAAAGCUAGAAAGGGCCUUGGAGAAAGUCGCACCCCUGCUGAGAGAGAUCUUUGUGGACUUUGCGCCUUUUCUAUCUCGCACCCUGCUGGGCAGCCACGGACAAGAGUUGCUCAUAGAAGGUCUAGUGUGUAUGAAGUCAAGUACCUCAGUGGUGGAGCUCGUCAUGCUCCUUUGUUCUCAGGAGUGGCAGAACUCGAUUCAAAAGAAUGCUGGACUGGCAUUCAUUGAGCUAAUUAAUGAAGGGAGGUUGCUCUGCCAUGCCAUGAAGGACCACAUAGUCCGGGUUGCCAACGAGGCUGAAUUCAUCCUCAACAGACAGCGAGCAGAGGACGUGCACAAACAUGCAGAGUUUGAGUCAAACUGUGCUCAGUAUGCUGCUGACAGAAAAGAGGAAGAGAAGAUGUGUGACCACCUGAUUUGCGCUGCUAAACACAGAGACCAUGUAACAGCCAACCAGUUAAAGCAGAAAAUCGUCAACAUCCUCACCAACAAGCACGGUGCCUGGGGCACGCUGGCCCAGAGUCAGCUGCACGACUUCUGGCGUCUUGACUACUGGGAAGAUGACCUGCGGCGAAGGCGGAGAUUUGUCAGAAACCCAUUUGGCUCCACCCACCUAGAUGUUGUAUGCAAGUCACUGCAAGAGUAUGCCUCAGAGAAGGACGAAGUGGUCAAGUCUAAGACGGUGUUCCGCAGCCCAACUGUCACCACUCAGAACACUGAGACCGAACUAAUACUGGAUGGAGACGACGAUGCUGUCAGCCUGCUGCAGGAGAAGGAGAUGGACAACCUGGGUGGCCCAGUGGUCCUGAGCAGCCCGGCCCAGCUUGUUGCCCCUGUCCUGGUGGCUCGGGGGACUCUGUCCAUCACCACCACUGAAAUCUACUUUGAGGUGGACGAGGAUGACCCUGCCUUCAAAAGGGUCGACUCAAAGCUCUUACCAUACACUGAGGGCUUGCAUGGGAAGUGGAUGUUCAGUGAAAUUCGCGCAGUCUUCACUAGACGAUAUCUCCUGCAGAACACAGCGCUGGAGGUCUUUAUGGCCAACAGAACAUCAGUCAUGUUUAACUUUCCUGACCAAGCCACAGUAAAGAAAGUCGUUUACAGUCUCCCUCGGGUAGGUGUGGGUACCAGCUAUGGACUUCCACAAGCCAGACGCAUCUCCCUGGCCACUCCUCGUCAGCUUUUCAAAUCCUCCAACAUGACCCAGCGCUGGCAGAGGAGAGAAAUCUCCAACUUUGAGUACCUCAUGUUUCUCAACACUAUAGCAGGGAGGACAUACAAUGAUCUGAACCAGUACCCGGUGUUUCCCUGGGUCCUCACCAACUAUGACUCGGAGGAGCUGGACUUGACCCUGCCAGCGAACUUCAGAGACCUCUCAAAGCCUAUUGGUGCCCUGAACCCAAAGCGUGCAGCAUUCUUCACUGAACGUUAUGAGUCAUGGGAAGAUGACCAGACACCACCUUGUCAUUACAACACCCACUACUCCACAGCUGCCACCACCCUGCACUGGCUUGUCAGAAUUGAGCCCUUCACCACGUUCUUCCUCAGUGCCAACAACAACAAAUUCGAUCACCCUGACCGCACAUUUUCAGGCAUUUCCCGAUCCUGGAGAAACUGUCAGAGGGACACCUCAGAUGUAAAGGAACUGAUUCCUGAGUUCUACUACCUCCCGGAGAUGUUUGUCAACAGCAAUGGCUACCAUCUGGGAAUGAGAGAAGACAGGACCAUGAUUUGUGAUGUGGACUUGCCAGCCUGGGCCAAGAAACCUGAAGACUUUGUUAGGAUAAACAGGAUGGCCCUGGAAAGCGAGUUUGUGUCAUGUCAGCUUCAUCAGUGGAUUGACCUUAUUUUCGGCUACAAGCAGCGAGGCCCAGAGGCGACGCGCGCCCUCAACGUCUUUCACUACCUGACUUACGAAGGCUCCGUCAACCUGGACAGUAUCACUGACCCUUUGCUCAGAGAGGCCACAGAGGCGCAGAUCCAGAGCUUUGGACAGACGCCAUCUCAGUUGCUUAUUGAGCCACAUCCUCCACGCAGCUCCGCCAUGCACCUGUGUUUCCUUCCACAGAGUCCCCUAAUGUUCAAGGACCAGAUGCAGCAGGAUGUCAUUAUGGUGUUGAAGUUUCCCUCCAAUUCACCCGUAACCCACGUGGCUGCCAACACCCUGCCCCAUCUUACAAUACCUGCUGUGGUCACUGUCACCUGCAGCCGCCUAUUUGCAGUCAACCGAUGGCACAACACCGUCGGUCUCCGAGGAGCACCCGGCUACUCCCUGGAACAGGCACAUCACUUACCCAUAGAGAUGGAUUCUCUGGUUGCCAACAAUACUGGAAGCAACAAGCGUCAGAUCACAGACCUAGUGGACCAAAGCAUCCAAAUCACCACACACUGUUUUGUCGUGACAGCUGACAACCGCUACAUCCUGGUGUGUGGCUUCUGGGACAAGAGCUUCCGUGUGUACUCCUCUGAGACAGGCAAGCUGACCCAGAUAGUUUUUGGCCACUGGGACGUGGUGACAUGUCUGGCCCGAUCAGAGUCCUACAUUGGUGGAGACUGCUACAUCGUCUCUGGGUCCCGUGAUGCUACGUUGCUACUAUGGUACUGGAGUGGGCGGCACCAUAUUAUCGGCGACAACCCCAAUAACAGUGACUACCCAGCACCCCGAGCAGUUCUCACGGGUCACGACCAGGAGGUUGUGUGUGUAUCAGUCUGUGCAGAGCUGGGCCUCGUCAUCAGUGGAGCUAAAGAGGGUCCGUGUCUGGUCCAUACCAUCACAGGGGACCUUUUGCGGGCUUUGGAGGGACCAGAACACUAUCUGUGCCCACGGCUCAUCUCGGUUUCCAGCGAGGGCCACUGUAUCAUCUACUAUGAGAGGGGACGCUUCUGCAACUUCAGCAUUAAUGGAAAACUGCUGGCACAAAUGGAAGUCAAUGAUUCCACCAGGGCAAUUCUCCUGAGCAGCGAUGGCCACAACCUGGUGACAGGUGGAGAUAACGGCGUGGUGGAGGUGUGGCAGGCUUGUGACUUCAAACAGCUCUACAUCUAUCCAGGCUGUGAUGCAGGCAUCCGAGCCAUGGACCUAUCACAUGAUCAAAGGACUUUGAUCACCGGCAUGGCCUCUGGCAGCAUUGUGGCAUUUAACAUAGAUUUCAACCGCUGGCACUACGAGCAUCAAAACAGGUACUGACGUGAGGUGGACACGUGCAGCAGGAGGCUAGUGUUGAGAAUUAAGAGGGAAACCUAUCAACCAGUGACCGAGUUGUGCUGCAGAGAAUCCAAGAUGCUGGGGGCAUCAGCACAAUGAAGGACUGUGUGUUCUUGCAUAUGUUCAUCUGGCCUCUGAGGCGAACACAUGUCUGCUGCUAAACAAUCUGGAGCCAGUUUGUUGGUUUUCACCUGAGCACCAGCUGAAGUAUUUACCCAAAUGAGUCAAGCAGGUCUGCUGUUCUGGAUAAGAGGAGACUGAAAUCAACUCUAAUUAACGAAAUUACACAGUUAAGUUAUUAAAACAUACUUAAUGUUCCUGUUUCAACUGUGAAAACGCGAAACAAAAUGAGGAACAUUUAUACAACAUUUGUAUGGCAGAUACUUGGAACAUUUUUCUAAGAAAAAAAAAAAAAAGCUCAACCUGUAAAAAAAAAAGGACAGUCUAAAGUGUUUCUUCCUUAUAAAGACUUACAAAGAUCUAAAUGCUGUUAGACUACCCACCAUGUUCCAUCAAGCCAUGUAUAAAUGUUGCAAAUAUUUUCAUUGCUCUUCAGAUAUUAGUUGGUUAGUUCCAUGUAUACGACCCUUUUUUGCUUAUCGUUAACAGUGGUUAAGUGUAUGUGUAUGUGAAAAGACAAUGUUUACUGUUAAUUUGUUGUGUUUGAAUGUCUAUAUGGAAAUUCAGUGUGAGUCUUUUGUGAAAACCGUUUAUGACCAUGUCAUAAAUAUGGAUAUUUCCAUAUUUAUUUUAAAUCGGAGACUAUAUUGUUUAUUAAUGGAAAAUAUUAAAAGAUUGUAUACCGAUUCAAGUUUGUCAUGUGGAACAUACAUUUAUUUUUAGACAUUGUUUCUUCCAAAAAACCUCAUCGAAGGAUUAAAUUAUCAGAUUUGUUGGAUUGUCUAAUGAUUGUCAACGUAUUUAUGGUAAAGCUGAAAGUGCCAUUUUUAAAGACAUUCUACAAUUUCUGGCACUGCAAACAUUUAUACUGUUCUUUGUGUAUAUCACUUUUUUUUUUUUAAAGUUUUUCUUCUUUUGCAAUAAAUUUUCUCUCCUCCAUAACUCCAUGCUCUGAAAGCAAUAUUAUGACAUGUUUGACAAAUAGGUCAAUGAGAGGUAUUCAGCUGUGUAACAAAAUGAUAUAUUAAUGAAGAGGACAGUAGUAUAAAUAUGAGUAUGGUCUAUUUUUGGUGAUAUGAAAGCUAUUGAGUCUGGAUUUAACUGAAGCAAGGAGAAGUUGAUUUCCAUGAGCUGUCAAUUUAAAUGAACAAAAAUAUGCAAACUGAUGGAGUUAGCGUUUUUUUUUUAUUAUUUAAAAAACAGGUGCUACAAGACAUAAACCUACCCAAAGCUGAAUAUUUUGCAUGUUUUAAAAUCCUGAAGGCUCUGGUUUUUCUUUCUUGUGAAAAUCUUGCCAUUAUUGUGAAUAAAAAUGUCAUAUCAUUAACAAUAUAUCCGAAUGAAGCAGUUCAUUUUUAUUUCAAUCAGUACACAGUAAAAUGAUUCUGCAGAUGUUCCAGGAGGACGUGUCUGGAGCUGAAGCAAUUAGGGCAAAACUGGCAACUGUAUGCUGAAUUUCUUUUUUUUUAAUGUUGCUUUUAAUAAAAUUAAUUGCAUACACUG